AUGGGCUGCACAUCCAGCAUUUCUUCGUUUCCUUUUUCUAACUUCCUUCGAUGCAAGGGGGGUCCCAGGCGGUGCCUUGACACCGACAGCAACAAUCAUCCGGAGCAGCCGGUAUUUUCCGAUAAGUCUGUCCGGAACCAGGUAAAUCUUUGGCAACGUCAAUGGGAUGCGAACCGCAUCUACAACGAGUACAAGAAGCGAAAGAUCCGUGAAUGGAGCUCUGCCGGCUACCACGUCGGCACAGCACGGGAUCGCGCCGGCGAGGGUACGCUCCUCGGCAAGGAAGAUGAGAACAUCGCUGUUGAGCCUGACGCUCUCGAGCGGUUGGCCAAAGAGCCGGUGACUCUAAAGCUGGAUCGGUCCGGACGUGCCAUCAAGCAGGGUGAGAAAGUCGAUGGGUCGAUGCCAUGGUCCUACAAGACCUAUCGUGGUCUGCACUCUGCACAGGCGCCUGAAGGCCUGGAAGAUUUCCUUGGCAGAUACAGCAAAAUGGACAAGAGUGUGGAGAGCAUCCUCGGCCCACGGGCACUGGAUGAGUUCAAGACCAACAUGGCCGUCUUUCAUGGAAAGGACGAGUACCGCGUGAUCCGAACCUUAACGUGGCCAGGAGGUGGUGCUACUGGUGGUGGCCCAACGUCGAUUAUGCUGAUUGGUGUUCUUGACAUCUCCACCCGCAGUUCUCGCCUAGCCAGCCGUGCAGUCUACGAGGUGCAGCCUUCGGCGCUGUUGGUGGAGCUUUGCAAGGAGAGGAUCGGCAAGCAGCUGGUCAUGCCGCGAGAGCACAAGGAAGCUGUGAAGAACUACGCUCGCGGGUUUGCCACAACCAAUCCCCAUCGCCUUCACGGCGAGCAGCAUCAUCUUGACACCAUCCACGGGGACAGCGAGGCUUUAAAUCGCUGGACGAAGGGAGAGCCUUAUGCCGAGGCAGUGAAGGAGUUUACAUCGCAGCCAGCGGGUUCUCUGCCGAAGUUGCUCUGCCUUGGAGAUGUCCGCAGCUCCACGAUGGAGCGCAUUGAGAAAGAGCAGGGCAAUGAAACCACGGUCAAGGACCUGACUCACUCAUCGCGGGCCAAGCAGCUGGCGCGUGGCAUUCUUUCUAUGGCAACGUCGGGUCACAAGGUCAUCCUGGCCAUCAUGGACACUGAUCGCUUGGGUCCUGUGUCAACAUGGCUGGAACGGGCCGGUGCGGUGCUGCUAGCGGCUGCUGACGCGUCCGACAUCGAGAAUAAUCGAGAGAGCCUGUCUGCUGACAGUCGCAUGGGCUUGGAAGAGCGACCGGAGGCUGGAUCUCCACAGGAAGCUCGACUUCGGGCGUCGAAGAUCGCCGCCCAAGCACGGCACGCUUUGCAGCUGGACGGUCGAGGGCCACUGGGCUUCUUCCUGAACGAUGAGGCAUUGGAAUUCCUCAGCCGCCGGCAGCAGCGGCUCUUGCGAAUGACCCGAUUGAAAGACCUCGUGCACCACACAACUCCCCGGAAGCAUUGGGAGACGGCCGAAGAGCUCUACGUCGUCCGACCCGGCGACCGUAUCCCUGGACCAGAGACUCGCCUGUCAGGUCAGAAAUCGCUAGGCCUCCGCUUCGAGUAUGAUCGGUUGGAGAUUCCAGAUCAUUAUCUGCGAGAGGCUGGCAUGGAGAAGCACUCGGAUGCUCUGUGGAGCCAACUCGUAGAUCGUGGCCAGGCCCUGGAGCCGACGGAUCCCAUGGAGUUGUCUUGGUGGUCUUCUGGAGCAAUCGAAGCGGACAUACGGCAAGAUGCCCUGGCGGCCUGGCCAGACGGGAGCUGA